AUGACUCAUGAAAAAUCUGUUUGUCCGCUCCUUGUGAGACAAAGACAAAACCAGGCGAUCAGAAAAAGGUUGGGUUUUGUAGAAGACUUACCGAAGCCUAAACUUGUUCUUUCAGAGGAUGAUCCUCUUUUUGGUGUUUUAGAAGAACGUCAAGUAGAGAUGCAUCCUAUUCUGGGAAGACCGAAGAUUGCUCCUGAAGUACUAGAAGGAAUGCGUCAGUAUUUGAGAGUCGCAGAUGGAGAAGAAAGAAAAAUUAGAGAAGAAAGGGUUAGAAAGUCUGUCAAGGAAGUGGAGCUCAAUCCCGUUACAAAAAGGAUGGUGCUCAGACUUGAAGAACCUCCUGUAGUGACCAAAGAUCUUGAUAAGGGCAAAGGGAUUGUUUUUGGGUAUGAUUCUUCGGAGUCAAAACAGAGUGUUUCCCAUUCAAGACCUGGUGGUGAGAAACUGUUGGGUGCUGCAAUUGCUUCUGGCAGAGUAUAUCCGAGUUUUGAGAACUCACGCCUUGUUAACUAUACCUCCGAAUCUAUGUCUUCGGCUUCUGGGUUCUCUUCUUCUGAUGUUAGUUCGACGGUUUAUAAGACAGGUCUCUUUGAGGCUGGUUCUUCCGGAACUACUAAGAAGCAAAGGAAACCAAGGAGAAGGCCUUAUGUUAAAAAAAGGAGACUGCAAGAGUUGGAUGAAUUUCAAAAGAGGCCUACUAGUACUGAAGAUGUGGAGAAGCCUUCAAGAUCAGCAGAAAAGAGAAAAGAGAUGGAAGAAGUGCAGAUUGGUGGGAAGGUCGCAAGACAGAGAACCAAAGAGAUGGUCCCAACUGAGGGACCGUCUAGAUCCUAA